AUGGCCAAUUCGUCGGCAGAUUCCUCCUCGUUAGACCAAUUAUUCGCUCAAUUAAAACGUUUUGCUGAUGAAGGAGACUAUAAUAAAGCUGAUCCUGUCAUUAAAAAGAUUUUAAAAGAAGCUCCCCAGGAUAAAGACGCUCUGCUAUGUCGACUUUGCAGCUUAAUUCAACAAGGAAAAUACGACAAUGCUUUAACUUUUAUCAAGUCUAAGCGAGACCUAUUAUCCGGCGUCGAUUUGACUUUCCAAGAAAGCUACUGUUAUUAUCGUUUACAUAAAACUAAAACUGCACUGGAACUUCUUCAAUCUCAAGCCAAUCCGAACGACAAGUGUAAAGAGUUAUUGGCGCAAGUACUUUACAGGUUGGAAAAUUAUAAAGAAUGCAUUACUGUAUAUCGAAACUUAAUCAAAAAUUCUCAAGAUGAUUUUGAAAACGAAAGAGAGACAAACUUGGCUGCUGCCUGUGCAUUACUUAGCAUCCAUGACCGUAAUUUGCGUGAAGAUACUUACGAAUUGCGUUACAACGCUGCCUGCAAUUUAUUAUCCAGAGGACAAAUUAAAGAAACAAUCAAUAAGCUCAAUGAAGCGGAAGAACUAUGCAGGCGAUCUUACGAUGAUGAUGCGGAUGUAACCGAAGAAGAAAUUGAAGACGAGCUCGGUGUUGUAAGACCCACCGACACUACUUUGGUUGCUGUCGCUUCCAAUAAUGUCAUUACCAUAAACAAGGAUAAAGAUGUCUUUGAUUCAAAAAAGAAAAUCAAAGCCCUAGCAGCUGAAGGCCUACGUCACAAACUAACAUCAUCUCAGUUGAAAUCAAUGGAACUAAAUAAAUGCUUGCUGCAUAUAUAUGCUAAUCAACCUGAACAAUUUCAAGAAUCGUUACAACAUUUAAUAAAAUCUCAUGACAUGCAUGAAAUGGCGGAUAUUCUGCGUUCUUUUCGUUCAGUUAAAGAAAAAAAUUUCGAGAAUGCAAUCUCCAUCUUGCAGAAUAUGAUAAAAGAGUCAUCCAACAUAACAGAAAAGGGAUUCUUAACACUUGCCCAAUUGUAUUUAAUGCAAGGUAACAAACAAAUGGCGAUAGAAACCUUGAAAAAGAUGAAGGACAAUCACAGAUUAGGAAUUAUAGCGACUGUCGUAGCUCUUUUGACGAAUUUGGGAGAGGCACAUUCUGCCUCAAAACUAAUGGAUGAAAAUACUCAACAUUGGUAUAAAGAAGCCCAGGGUUCAGAAUUGCCACCCCAGUUGUUUGUCGCUCUGAAAGAAAACGCCAAUCUUAAACUGCAGCUUGGUAAGCCCGAGGACGCCGUUGCAUCUCUUGAAAGCUUACGAAAAUUAAGUAAAGAACUUCCAGAUGUAGAAACUGAAGUUGAUAUCGAUGUCGAUAACCUGGAAAUGGCACAGCAUUUGUAUAGUGCUCGUCAAGCAAAGCGAAUGGUAAAAGUUGGCACAGAUGCUGGCGACAGCGAUCUUAAGCCUAUCAUUGUUCGUAAGAAACGCAAAGCUCGCAAAAGAAAAGGAAAAUUACCAAAGAACUUUGAUGCUACUAAACAACCUGAUCCAGAGAGAUGGUUACCUCGACGUGAAAGAUCAUAUUACAAGAAAAGGAAGCGGGCACCAAUAGGCAAAGGUGGUAGUCAAGGAAGUACUGCAAGCUCUGCUGGAUAUGAUGCAUCUGCUACUGCUGCGGCAGCAACAUCUCAAAAUAAGACAGCCCCAGUAGCGGAAGCUACUAAACAACAGGAGAAGCCCACUGCAGCCCAGCCAGUAAAAAAGCCCGUAAAGAAACCUGUGAAAAAGAAAAAGGGCAAAGGAUGGUAA